AAGGAAGGAAAGUCGUCGUCUUCUCCGCAGCAGGAGCAGCAGCCACAACCAACCCUAUCCACCUCUCACUCUGCAGGUCAGGAGCCGCCGGAGGGAGGGAGGGAGCGAUGGAGACCUCCCUGCGGCUGCGCGGCGCCGACAACACAACCGGGCAGCAGCUGGGCCUCCGCAUCCACGCCAAGCAGAAGCUGCCCCUCGCCUACAACGCACUCCUCCAGGCUCACGCGGAGAUCGACACCGCCACCCGGAAGCCCAGCCUACUCGCCGUCCUCGCAAGGCACUUCUUCCCACAGCUGUCGGCCAAUGUUGGAGCCGGAGUCCAGCUGGAGAGGGGCAACAUCUUCAGGUACACCCUCCGGGGGAAGAAAGCCGUCUCCUUCACCGACGACGGCCUCCUCGGCCUCAACAUCAAGGGCCGCCUCCUCGCCGACAAGAACUUCAAGCCGAGGAGGAAGAGCGGCGCCAUCGAGCUCGCCUGGACCAUACUCGACUUCAGAAAGGGCCAGGACGUCAGGAUGAAGGCCGGCUACGAGCUAUACCGCAAGAUGCCUUAUUUCCAGCUGAGGGAGAACAACUGGACGCUUAAUGGUUACAUGGAUGGAAAAUGGGAUGUCAGAUUCGAUAUGUGAUCGACCAGGAACCCGUUUGUGGAGGAGGGACUUCUCUGGCGAUCAGUUAGCGCUCUAGUUGUGUUGCCCCUCCUUUAGAGGCCACCAUUUCAUUUCAUUGUAUUGCUCUGGAAGGAUGCCAUUCACCAGCAAGCACCAGUUUUAUGGAGAAAAGUCGUAUGUAGAAGUAGGAACCCUAGACAUUUCAUUGAUGUGAUUGAGUCUGGAAAAUUCAGGAUUCAGUUGUGUCUUCAUGUAGCGUUGAUGAGAUUAUUGGUUGGAUGAAGGCAUGUAAAUGCCCAUGAAAUGCUAAUAAGAAGAAUGUACUGUACAAGGUGAAGUGCA